GUCAGUCAGGCCGCCUGUCUACCUCGUCGUGUCACUGAAUUGGGUGGUCGCGCCGCGUGUUGCUGAUGAUAAAUAAAAGCUGUAGGUCGUUCGUGGUCGUGCCCGAUUUGGAGGCAGUCAAAAAUUUAGAAAACCUCUGACGGUUAGGACGGCGUCCCACGCUCGUACAAAAAUAUAACCACCUUCGAAACAUAGUAAAAUUGUCCUUGUGCUUUUUCAAUCGACCGGAUGAAUGAGGACUCGUCGAAGCUGGCAGAACGUCAACAGCUGUGUCCGCAAGAAAGCGAUCUCAAACUUUUUGAAGGAGACGAAGUUACACAUACACGCGCGAUGGAAGUGGGGCUUCGAGGAUGAAACCUAUGUUGGACCACGACCACUUCACCCAUAGGCGAGACGCUACGACCUCGACGUGUUUUCCUGCCGCAAAAAGAAAAGUCGCGUUCUUACCACAAUUGUCGAUCAGCAGAUUAUCCAAGCUGUAGUGCCGGAGGUGGUAGCUUUCCGGCUACGCAUAGUCCGCGACUGGAGCUACAGUCGGUCAGCGUGACCGCAUUCUCUUCUUACAGGAGAAGACAAAAAUUAUGUCCGGGAGGCAGUACCUCUGCGGCACGUCUGCCGGCGGGAUUGACAGAGGUCUCCUCGCGAAGGCGCGCGCCACUUCGAUCGGCGACACCGGUCGAGAGGACAUUCGCGGCGACCACUCAGCGAAACUCCCGUCCAAGUACCUGGAGUACCAGUUUCUGCCACUGCUCGUGUUCGUUGGUACUUUCAUAUUUUGGGUGCACUGCAGCUACGCCCUCGGGUUUGCGGCCACGCUGGUACUGGGAUUCGCCUUGGUAGUUUUCAAUGUGCAGAUUGUGGUAAGCAACCUGAAUGCCAUCCGCCUCUACGUCCUGCACGUGAGUACGCUGUCCCUCCCAGCGACGCUGUUUGGCGGAUUAGUCGGGCUGCUGUUGGCCCAGGGCUACUUCUACAGCUACGCGGCCUUCGGCGACCGGAUGCAGUAUUUGAAGAUGAAAGCGGACCACCCUGCGACCGGAGUGCAAGACGCCGCGGGCAUCACCUUCGAGAACGACGUUGCGCCCGAUCUGUCCAUGGUCGUUGGACUCAAAGCGCACGGCGAAGUGUACUGCGUGGCACCGGUGCUGAAAAAGGGCACGGACCCCACUUCCGCACCACCAAUACAGUUCUGGGCGGUAGGCACAAAUUGCUGUGAAUACAGGUAAGGUGAUUGUUUAUCGCUUCGACGACGAGAAAGCGAGACGAUAGAAGAUAAAACUGCAUCGCAGUACUAACUUCGUUUAGUGGUACUACAGAGGGUUUAUGCCGCCUCUUCGUAACUACGCCCUUUGCAAAGAAAAUCACCACACUGGUGACAGAUGAUGAAACAGACGCUCAUGAUUGCUUUUGCGUUUGCCCACAAUCAGGUAUAAAUUUCAGUGUGGCCAGUUGGGACCAGAUGCUCACGCAGGCCUGGUUCGGCACGACUUCAGUAACGAAGUACUGCAAAUAUUACCCAUGAACAGCGCAGACAGGUACAACAAGUUUUUUGGUCUUUUUGAAUGUGUUCUGUUUCACGUCCUCAAUGUAGCGAUUUGGUGGUAGCAGCUAUCAGAACCAGCCAUAAGACUUGAGUCGUCGCCUUAUAUGCGUUCGCGGAAAUAAUCAAAAUAAAGAUAUAGCUUGCUAGGGUUGCGUGUGCAUCCCACGACGACACCACGAAUGGCUCUACCUUGUUCCUACUGCACUACCUCAGGUUUUACCGCAAGGCCGUCGACGUAGCGACGAGUCUGUAUCCCGUUUCGAGCAAUAGCACGUCGGCCGUGCUGGUCGAGUGGACGAAAGACGCUUCGGACAACAGUGGUAUUUGGUGGGCGGGGUUCUACCAGGCGCUACUCGCGAGCUUCUGCUUUUUCCUCUUCACGCUGCCUCUCGCCUGCAUCUUGGCCAUUCAAUACGACGCCAGCUACCACCAACGGUUACAUGCGGAGCAGCACUUUUGAUGACCCCCGAUUAACAACUGAGGUUGACAACGACCACGCGAUGCUGGCUUAGAAGAGGUGGGCAGAGGGCCUCUUCCCGGCGAUUGUGAUUUUCUUUUCUGCUCGCGUUCAUGAUCAUUCGUCGAGGUGGUUUAUUUAUUUCGCUCGGUUGAGGUUGUGCUUGUGGUCAAAGUACUUUACAAGACGAUUCCAAGCGUGGUACCGAAAAUGGAAGCGUAGCCCGUAAAUAGGCGUACCGCUCGUGAUACACUUCCUCGUGCGCACACCGGCCAAUUCCUCGAGCGUGCGAUGAGGGAAAAAACUACCUGCCACAACUUGAGGAUAGUAGUUUUUCUUCCGUCUUUUUGCAGCCUGUGUCUGUGUGAAUCAUGAUUUCCGGGACCGCCGUGCCUGCGACAGGAAAAUUCGGAAAAAGUUUCGAGAUUCUGUCUUCAGUUGCAUUGCCACUGCAACGUGAUUUUGCUUUGCUGAUGUCGAAGCGACCCUGGAGGGGAGGAUAGAGAGAUGUUGUAUAUGAAUCAGCGAGUGAGAGUGUUGAUUGUGGGAAUCGGUAGAUACUACGUACGCGUUCUGGUGCUCGGCAUUCUUGCGUCAGGAGAAUAAACGACUUUG